AUGUUUCUAUUAUUUAAAAAAACAUUUAUCGAUACACUUCUAAAAAGAAAUAAAUAAUUCGAUCAUUCUGUUUAUGAACAAAACAAUAAGCUAAUUUAAUAUUAGAAUAGUAUAUACAAAUAAAUGAUUUCCAAAGAAUUUAAUUUUGAUCUAGUAAUUGAUAAUUUUAUUAAAUAAUUGAAUUAAUAUAUAUUAAUAAUUGGUGAGACAAUUAAAUAUUAUUUUUCAAUAUGA